AUGCAACUGCCGGACUUUAUCAAGAACCACCAGUCGCUGGAGAAGCGGGAGAUGCGGGCGGAAGGUGUUGACGCUGACGGCAGUCCCGUCUCCUUUGUCUACACGCUGCACGAGCGGCCGCUUCCUGGACACGACACGGAUGGAGAUGUGACAGCAUGCUUCGAGCUAUUGCUGAAGUUUGUACGGGCUGUGGACGCCGAGCUCGAGUGGCGCAUGCGCGACCUGCACCUGCUGGAAGCCCAAGUAUACCCCGUGCCCCCAUCAUAA